AUGGCAAGUGUACCUUCAGGAUCAUAUAAUAAUAAUUCUUCGCUGCUUGAUGAACUUAAAAACAUAAGGAGCGUUAUAAGACUCACUAGAGAAAACAUAGAUGCUUUAAAUGCAAAAUUUGCCAGCUUUCAGCACCCUCCGACAAUGUACUUAACAGAGUAUCAAGAGCUGACCAGUAAACUACAUGAAUUUUUAAUGAAAGAGCAUGAAUUAAUGGAACAGAUUUAUCCAUCUGGUGAUGAUACAACAACAGAAAAUUUAAACUCGCCCAAACAAGUUCCUCAUUCUCCAUUAAAAUCUGUGGUUAGAGCUUUUUUACCCAAUCAACAAAGAACUAGUGUGCAAGUAUGGCCUGGUCUCACAGUCAGAGAAGCUUUAGCGAAAGCAAUGAAUUUAAGAAAAUUAACACCGAUAAUGUGUGAUGUUUACAGUGUUACUUUUAAAAAUAAAAAAAUUUCUUGGGAUGAAGAUAUUUGUAAUGUUGGUGAUGAAAUAGUAGUGCAACUAAUUGAAAAAUUUCCAAUAACUACGAGCAUAUCUCACAACUUUGUGAGAAAAACAUUUUUUUCAUUAGCAUUUUGUGAGUGUUGUAGAAAAUUACUAUUUCAGGGUUUCUGUUGUCGAACUUGCGGUUAUAGAUUUCAUCAAAGAUGUGCAAGUGGAGUUCCACCAUUGUGUCAACAAGUUAGAAUGGAGGAUAUAGCUUAUCAAACUUUGCUUGCCCAGCCCCAAAAGUCUGAGCCUCAAUUUAUUCCUCAUCAUGGAGAGCAUGGGAGAAAUGAGCCUCUUAGUCAGAGGGAACGUUCCAGUUCUGCUCCCAAUGUUUGUAUUCACAUGGUAGAACAGGGAGGAGACUAUGCCGUAUCUGAAAAUUUUAUCGGAAAUUAUUCUCAAGUUAAAAAUUUGAGUAGUCCAGCUGGGGGCAAUGCGAGUAGCCCUGGAAGUAGUCCUACUCAUCAUUUCAAUUCCAGAAGCGAACAAGCUUCGCCAACCAAUACCUUACAGCCGUGGAGGCCUAGAGCAAGAAGUGCUGAUGAGAGUAGCAAAAAAGUUAGACCUCCUAGAGAGACAAUAGAAGAUUGGGAAAUUCCUGCAGAUGAAAUAUUAAUGUGUGCCAGAAUAGGAUCUGGUUCUUUUGGAACAGUGUACAAAGGUCAUUGGCACGGUCCUGUCGCAAUCAAAACCUUAAAUGUAAAAGAUCCGACUCCAGCUCAGUUGCAGGCUUUUAAAAACGAAGUUGCUGUUUUGCGUAAAACCAGACAUGUCAAUGUACUACUUUUCAUGGGAUGCGUUAGUAAGCCACAGCUUUCUAUUGUGACCCAGUGGUGUGAAGGUUCGAGUUUGUAUCAACAUUUACACGUUCAGGAAACAAAAUUUGAAUUACUUUGUCUAAUUGAGAUCAGCAGGCAAACAGCUCAAGGAAUGGAUUAUUUACAUGCCAAAAAUAUCAUUCACAGAGAUUUAAAAAGUAACAAUAUUUUUUUGACUGAUGAUUUAACCGUGAAAAUAGGUGAUUUUGGUCUUGCCACGGUAAAAACGCGGUGGUCGGGUUCGCAACAAUUUCUUCAGCCAUCCGGGUCGAUUCUAUGGAUGGCUCCCGAAGUAAUAAGAAUGCAGGAUGAAAAUCCUUACAGUUUUCAAUCGGACGUGUACGCUUUCGGCAUCGUGUCUUACGAGUUAUUCACAGGACAAUUACCUUAUAGCCAUUUAAAUAAUAAGGAUCAAAUUGUUUUUAUGGUUGGACGAGGGCAAUUGCGCCCAGACUUGACCAAUUUACGUUCUGAUACUCCAAAGGCAUUGUGUAGACUAAUUGAAGACUGCAUAAAAUUAAAUCGCGACGAAAGGCCGCUUUUCAGACAAAUACUAGCAUCCCUGGAAAGUUUAGUGAGAUCGCUACCUAAAAUCCACAGGUCGGCCUCCGAGCCGACAUUAAAUCGAACCCGUUUACAAUCCGACGAAUUCUUAUACAUGUGCGCGUCACCCAAAACCCCAAUAAAUUCACAAUUCGGAGCUUUUCCAUUUUACACCCCCGCAGAAUUCUUUAUUAAAUGUAUAAAUAUUACUGACUAG